AUGAAAGUCGCACAGAACGCAGCCCAAAUUGAUGAUUUUGACGCGUUUGGUGAUGUAGUGGCACGCAAAGUACGCGGCCUUCGUACGCAUUAUGCACAAUGUACAAUUCAACAUUUAAUUAAUAAUCUUUUAUACGACGGCGAGUUGGGAAAGUAUGAUUUUCCGCCACGAACAUUCGAAGUUCCUACAAACUACAACAACUAUAUCGGUGGAUCUGCUGCAGCUUCGACCUCUAGUAUUCAGACUGUGACAUAUGCGGCUAACGGAAACUACUAUCACGAUGAAUCUUCAUCUGAGUCAACAAUUCCCUGCUCUAAUCCUCCAAGUGUCCAAAAUGUGACCGAUUCAACUGUAGAAGUAGAACUAUGGGGAAUGGAAAAGGAAAUCCAUUUAAAUAAAUGA